UUUAUAUGGUAUUGUUAUAGGGGCAGUAUUUUUAUAUGGUAUUGUUACUGUAGGUUACUGACAGGACAUGAAGUAGUGACAGUGAGAGCUCAGAGGGCGGCACAGGACAGACUCCUCUCUGCUUCACUCCUCUCUAGGGGGGGGGGGGCUAUAGAGGUAAGUGUAGAAGGUUUCUGGUACUACAGAAAAUACCUAAACUCAGAAGUGAUGGGGCUGGAUCUCGGGGGCGGCUCUUUACACAAUGGAGGAGAUUGUCCACAUUCUCAGAGAGAUGUCUCCAGGAAACAGAAACCAAACCGAGGAGCCUCUUCUAGAAAGGAAACCAAAAGUCAGAGUCUCAGAAAUCACUCAUCCCCACAUUAGACUCCUGCUUUCUGCACCUGGUGCCUCUGAUCUCCACACCUGAUUACCCUGAUCUCCAUACCUGGCGCCCCUGAUCUCCACACCUGACUCCCCUGAUCUCCAUACCUGGCGCCCCUGAACUCCACGCCUGACUCCCCUGAUCUCUAGACCUGGCGCCGCUGAUCUCCACACUUGGCUCCCCUGAUCUCUACACCUGGCGCCUCUGAUCUCCACACCUGGCUCCCCUGAUCUCUACACCUGGCGCCUCUGAUCUCCACACCUGGCUCCCCUGAUCUCUACACCUGGCGCCUCUGAUCUCCACACCUGGCUCCCCUGAUCUCUACACCUGGCGCCGCUGAUCUCCACACCUGGCUCCCCUGAUCUCCACACCUGGCGCCCUGAUCGCCACACCUGGCUCCCCUGAUCUCUACACCUGGCUCCGCUGAUCUCCACAUCUGGCGCCCCAGAUCUCUAGAUUUGGCGCCGCUGAUCUCCACACCUGGCUCCCCUGAUCUCUACACCUGGCUCCGCUGAUCUCCACACCUGGCUCCCCUGAUCUCCACACCUGGCGCCGCUGAUCUCCACACCUGGCUCCGCUGAUCUCCACAUCUGGCGCCCCUGAUCUCUAGAUUUGGUGCUGCUGAUCUCUACACCUGGCUACGCUGAUCUCCACACUUGGCUCCCCUGAUCUCCACACCUGGCGCCACUGAUCUCCACACCUGGCGCCCCUGAUCUCCACAUCUGGCGCCGCUGAUCUCCACACCUGGCUCCCCUGAUCUCUACAGCUGGCGCCGCUGAUCUCCACACCUGGCUCCCCUGAUCUCCACACCUGGCACUCCUGAUCUCCACACCUGGCUCCCCUGAUCUCCACACCUGGCUCCCCUGAUCUCCACACCUGGCGCCCCUGAUCUCCGCUCUCACCUAAAUGAUGCAGGAAUAUAAAUUAGCGUUCUCCGCCUUCGCCUCGUUCUGGCUGCUGAUUGGCUCCUGGUGUCCUCAGGUCCAUAGUGCAACCUAUAGAUUAACAUAUAAGCCCAACAUGUUUGAUGACCAGUACAUUGGCUGCUCUGAUAAACUGGAGAAGUACAUUAUGCCCAAGGUACUUCAAAAGGAGAAGACAAAUAAGCAGUUUAAGGAAGCCUGGAUCAAUGCAACUGAACAGUGGGAGGAGAUAAAAGAUAAUCUUGACCUUCCGAAAGGGUUUGAGGAUGAGUAUGGAGUAGCUCUACUGAUUUUCACCAACAAAUAUCCAGAAGAAAAUCCCAUAUACCAGCAGCUGAAUGGAAACCUCACCAUAGCGGGAGCCUCCAGAAUAGAUUACAUGGAGAAGUUUCACUUCAAAGCCCUUCACUUCUACCUAACAAGAGCGUUGCAGAUGCUAAAACCCAACUGUGAAGAAAGAUACACAACAUAUAGAGGAAGUCAACACUCCAUCCAUGUUCAUCCAGUCUUUAGGUUUGGUAGAUUCACUUCAGCUUCUUUGAUCCAAGAGGUGGCAAACAUCUUUGGCACUGAAUCCUUUUUUAAGAUAACAACUUGCUUUGGUGCCAAAGUUAAUAAUUUGUCAUUCUUUCCAUCUGAAGAAGAAGUUCUGAUUCCCCCAACAGAAAAGUUUUUAUACAUCAAAAAACAAAAUUCAGUCUAUAUUCUCCAAAGUACCGGUCAGAUGUGCAGCUACUUCAACUGUGCCUAUCUAGAAGCUGAGAAGAGAGAAGUCGCAGUCUGUCGAUCAGAUACACAUGAAUUAGAAGAAGAGACAAAAGAGGAAAAUGAAAAGGCCAUGAAGAUGACAACUAUGUCUCCUGUUGAAAUGGAGGAACGUCUAAAAGUCCUUGAGGAUCAGAUCAGCCAGAUUCAUGAGUACAGAAAUGAUGACCAAGCCUACACCAACAAAAUUCUUACAGCUUUGAAUGAAAUUGACAACUCAAAACCUGUGGCGAGACUGGGAGCCAUGGUAAAAGGAGGUCUGACUGAGCUGGAAAACAAAAUUCUGCUCAUUGUCUCACAGCAUGAUAAACUACUGACAACAAUUCAGGAGAAGGUUGGAUUAUUACAAGGUCUGACUGAGCUGAAAAACAAAAUUCUGCUCAUUGUCUCGCAUCAUGAUAAACUACUGGCAUCAAUGCAGGAGAAGGUCGGAAUACUACAAGAACGUCUGACUGAGCUGGAAAAAACUAUUCUGCAAAUUAUCUCACAUCAUAAUGAACUACUGGCAUCAAUGCAGGAGAAGGUCGGAAUACUACAAGGUUUUUUUGUUUUGUUGAUCACACUUCUUGUCAUUGUCGGUUUUACAACAAUUUGCAGCAAUUUCUUCAACUGGAUGUGAGCUUAUUGGCUUCUGACACCACCAACCUGACCGGGGCAGCAGACAACACCAAUUGUCACCGAUUCACCCCAAAAAUAUGAUUCAAGGUUCAAGCGUAUUUCAGACAUCACAUGGGGUUCUACUGAUGAUGGAUAGAGUUGGCUUCUGGUGACCUUUCCGGCAAAUGUUAUAUUAUUUUAUAAUGAUAUAUUUUAAAUUAUAUUAGUUAUUACAUGGUCAAUGGUGGUGGGG